GGAGAAGAGGAGGAAAGGGAGUAGAGAGGAAAGAAAAGAAAAGAAAAGAAAGAAACAGAGAAGGGAGAGAAAUGGGGUGGCUAUUGUGAAGCAGGGGAUCUGAUCUUUCCUUUUCGCGUUGAAUUCUCCUCUACCCUUUUGUUGUGCGUUUCACACAUAACAUAUACAUACUCAUACACAUACAUAACACUAGAUAUAAAACAAAAACCACCAGCACCAUGAGAGAGAGAUAAAAGGGGAAAAAAAAGAGAGAAAAAAAAAAAAGGAAGAUUGGAUGGAUAGAUCCCAUAAGAGAAGAACAAGAAAAAGAAGAAGAAGGAGAAGAAGAAGAAAGGAAAGCUAAAGAAAAGAUUAUUAUCUUUUUAUUUACUUUCUUUGAUUGAUUUCUUUUGGUGAUUGGAUUUUCUUUCUUUCUUUCUGUAUUCUGAAAAAGUUAGCCAAUUUUGUCCAUUCCAUGUUAAAAGCUUUUUUUCUUUUAUUAUCAAAUUAGAUAAUUUUCAAAUUUCAAUUCUUGAAGAAAACCCAAAUCAGAAAGAGCUCAAUUCUUUAAUUCUUGAUUAAGAAAUGAGAGCUGGGCUUAGUACGAUUCAACAAACGCUUACGCCAGAGGCGGCGAGUGUUCUAAACCACUCAAUAGCAGAAGCUAGCCGUCGUAAUCAUGGUCAAACGACGCCGCUUCAUGUAGCGGCUACUCUUUUGGCCUCGCCGUCUGGGUUUCUCCGGCAAGCUUGUAUCAAAUCUCAUCCUAAUUCCUCUCAUCCUCUUCAGUGCAGAGCUUUAGAACUCUGUUUUAGUGUUGCUUUGGAACGGUUACCUACUGCACAGAAUCUUAGCCCUGGCCACGACCCGCCUAUCUCAAAUGCUUUAAUGGCGGCACUCAAGCGAGCACAGGCUCAUCAACGCCGUGGCUGCCCUGAACAGCAGCAGCAGCCUCUGUUAGCAGUGAAAGUAGAGCUUGAACAGCUAAUUAUAUCAAUUUUAGAUGAUCCGAGUGUUAGUAGAGUUAUGAGAGAAGCUAGUUUUUCAAGUCCAGCUGUUAAGGCUACAAUUGAACAAUCUCUUAACUCUUCCUCGAAUUCUGCCGCUUCCAAUUCAAGUUCAUUUGGAUUUGGGUUCCGUACGCCCGGGGCAGUGCCGGUUCCUUCACCAACUACAAAUCGGAAUUUAUAUGUGAAUCCAAGAUUGCAACAAGGGAGUGCAGCGCAAUCUGGGCAACAGAGAAAUGAGGAAAUUAAACGACUUGUUGAUAUUUUGUUAAAGAAUAAAAAGAGGAAUCCUGUUUUGGUUGGCGACUCGGAGCCGGAGAUGGUUGUGAAAGAGCUAUUAAAGAGAAUCGAAAAUAAAGAAAUAGGAGAUGGGUUGUUAAAGAAUGUGCAGGUUAUUCAUUUGGAAAAAGAUUAUCUUGAUAAAGCGCAAUUACUUUCAAAGAUUAUUGAAUUAGGGGGUUUGAUUGAAAAUCGAAUAGCGAAUUUGGAUUGUGGAGUAAUUGUUGAUUUGGGUGAUUUAAAAUGGUUGGUAGAGCAACCAGUAAACUUUCCCGGUGGUGGUGGUGGAAUCCAACAGCAGCAGCAGCAAAUUGUGUCUGAGGCUGGGCGGGCGGCUGUGGCAGAGAUGGCGAAGCUGUUGGCAAGGUUUGGAGAGAAAAGUGGCGGUGGAAGGGUUUGGUUGAUUGGAACUGCUACUUGUGAGACAUAUUUGAGGUGUCAGGUCUAUCAUCCUUCAAUGGAAAGUGAUUGGGAUCUGCAAGUAGUGUCAAUCGCUCCUAGAGCGCCUCUGCCCGGAAUGUUUCCUAGGUUUGGAACCAAUGGGAUUCUUAGCAAUUCAGUUGAGUCUUUAUCACCUUUAAAGGGCUUUUCAACUAUUACGCCUGCUCCACCAAGACGUCUCACUGAGAACUUAGAUCCUGCUCGAAGAAUGAGUUGUUGCCCCCAGUGCAUGCAGAAUUAUGAGCAAGAAUUGGCACAGGUUGUACCAAAGGAAUCUGAAAAGUCUUCUUCAGGAUUUAAAUCAGAAGCAUCUCAGCCACUACUGCCACAAUGGUUGAAAAAUGCCAAGUCUCAGGAGGGUGAUGCUAAAACAGUAGAUCAGACAGUGACUAAGGAUCAAGAGUUAAGGUUGAAACAGAGAAGUCUAGAGUUGCAGAAGAAAUGGCAUGAUACGUGCUUGCGACUUCAUCCCAGUUAUCAUCAGCCCGAUAUUGGAUCUGAGAGAAUUACACAACCAGCUCUCUCUAUGACGAGCUUGUAUAAUCCAAACCUGCUUUCUCGCCAGCCUUUCCAACCCAAGUUAAGUUUGAAUAGAAACCUUAGUGGAACUCCACAAUUGAACUCAAAUUUGUUGCCCACCCAAUCACCUGCUCGGUCGAAUACUCCACCAGGAAGCCCUGUGAGGACAGACCUGGUUCUUGGGCGGCCCAAAAGCAGUGAGAAUACUCCUGAGAAAGUCAAUGAAGAACGCACUAAAGACUUUUUGGGUUGUGUUGCUUCUGAGCCGUUGAUCAAGUUGCAUGAAUUGAAUGCCAGCAAGCUUCUAAGUGCAUUAGAUGCUGACUCAUUCAAGAGGCUUCUUAAGGGUCUUAUUGAAAAGGUGUGGUGGCAGCGAGAAGCAGCUUCGGCAGUGGCUGCAACUGUAACGCAAUGCAAAUUGGGAAAUGGUAAACAGCGGGGUGUUGGAUCAAAGGGUGAUAUUUGGCUAUUAUUUACAGGUCCUGAUAGGGUAGGCAAGAAGAAGAUGGCAUCAGCUCUAUCAGAAGUUUUAUGUGGGACCAAUCCAAUAAUGGUGUCUCUUGGUUCACGGCGUGAUGGCGGAGAAUCUGAUGUGAAUUUCCGUGGUAAAACGGCACUUGAUCGAAUAGCAGAGGCAGUUAGGCGGAACCCAUUAGCAGUAAUCAUGCUUGAGGACAUUGACGAAGCUGAUAUGCUUGUCCGAGGGAGCAUAAAGCGGGCCAUGGAAAGAGGUCGACUUUCAGAUUCCCAUGGCCGUGAAAUCAGUCUCGGGAAUGUUAUUUUCCUUCUCACUGCAAAUGGGUUACCAGAAAAUCUAAAAUUCUUGUCCAAAGGCAUUCCUCUUGAUGAAACGAAGCUUGCCAGUCUGGUAAGUGGAGGAUGGCAAUUAAGGCUUUCCCUCUGUGAGAAAACAGCAAAGCGCCGAGCCAUUUGGCUACACGAUGAAGAGAGACCGGCAAAGCCUAGGAAAGAUACAGGAUCAGCAUUGUCAUUUGACCUGAAUGAAGCUGCAGAUGCUGAGGAUAAAGCUGAUGGCUCUCGCAAUUCAAGUGAUCUUACAAUUGAUCACGAAGACGAACAUGUCCACAACAACAGACUACCAACACCCACAACUUCAACGUUGUCUCAAGAGCUUCUAAAUUCGGUAGACGAUAACAUUGUUUUCAAACCAGUAGACUUGGGCCUCAUUCGCUGUGAGAUUUCAAAUUCAAUAUCAAAGAAAUUCGCCACCAUUAUCAGUGAUGGAAUCCCAUUUGAAAUCCAAGAGGAGGCACUUGAAAAAAUUGCUGCUGGGCUAUGGUUAGACGGAGCAGGUUUAGAAGAAUGGACCGAGAGAGUAUUGGUUCCAAGCAUUCGCCAGCUAAAAUUACAAUUACCUACAUCUGCCAUUGCAGAUGAAUCCAUGAUCAUUCGGCUAGAAUCCAACAGUGAUUCCAGUGACCGGAGCCGUGGUGAACGGCUGCCGAGCAGUAUCAGAGUGGCAGUUGAUGUGUCGUGAGAUUAUUACAGUAGGCACUCGUUUCUACUGGAUAGAGAUGUAAAUAUAGCUCAACUGUUUUUGGCGGGGAGGUGAAAACGGUUGACAGGGGUAAAACAGGAAAAGGUUAAAAAAAAAAAACAGUUAGAGAAGGGGGAGACGUUGAUAGAUUAACGAACGUUUAGCAGGAAAAGUCUCGCCUUUUUUUUUCUUUAUUAUUAUUAUUAUUUUAUUUCUUUAUUAUAUGGCCUUCUUUAUUUUUUUUCUUCUUGUUUUUAUAGAGUUUAUAGUAUUUUGACCA